UGCUGCUUUUUUCUCUUAGCACCUCUCCAUCAUCUUUCAGGUUUAAUGCUUUUUAGUUCCAUGGCUUCACCCUUUUUCUCUCAACCCUUUACUUUAUUUUUUUUCCUAACUUCCCUUAGCUUUAUAUAAGCUUUCUUCUUAUCCCUUUGCUGCACCACUUUCCAUUUGAAUCUUUUUGAGUUCUUUUAUAUUUUUUGGUUUCUCUGUUAGUGCGUUGGACAAUAUGAACUUUAGCUGUUAGGUCCGUUUAUAUAUAGAGAGAGGUUAUAAGGGUGUGUUUUGUGAGGAUUUCAAGCUGAAUUUUGGGGGGUUCUUUUGUAGGUUGUUGAUAGAAACCAUUAUUCUGAACGUGAAACAGAAGGUUUUAAGUGAGAGGGGCAAUAGGGUUUUAGCUUAUUCCAGGAAUGGCAAACAUUACUGUAAUUGGUCAGGAGGAUGAUCAGAUGGAUUUGCCCCCAGGUUUCCGCUUUCACCCAACUGAUGAAGAGCUUAUUUCUCACUACUUGUACAAGAAGGUUCUUGACAUCAACUUCAGCGCUAGAGCUAUUGGAGAGGUGGAUUUGAACAAGUCUGAGCCCUGGGAAUUGCCAUGGAAAGCGAAAAUGGGAGAGAAAGAAUGGUAUUUUUUCUGUGUGAGAGACAGAAAAUACCCUACUGGUCUGAGGACAAACAGGGCUACUGAAUCUGGCUACUGGAAAGCUACAGGAAAAGACAAGGAGAUUUACAGAGGAAAAUCAUUGGUUGGAAUGAAGAAAACUCUUGUGUUCUACAAGGGUAGAGCUCCUAAAGGAGAGAAGACCAACUGGGUCAUGCAUGAAUACAGACUGGAAGGCAAAUACUCGGUCCACAACCUCCCCAAAACUGCCAAGAAUGAAUGGGUGAUUUGCAGGGUAUUCCAAAAGAGUUCUGGUGGGAAGAAAACUCAUAUUUCAGGUCUGGUUAGGGUGGGUUCUUUUGGUAAUGAGUUGGGUCCUUCUGGUCUACCACCAUUAAUGGAAUCUUCACCAUACAAUGGCAAGAGCAAACCUGUUGUCGAAUCGGCUUACGUGCCCUGCUUCUCCAAUCCUAUUGAUGUUCAAGGAAACCAACAAGACACAACUGAUAAUUUCAACAAUCCUCUUCUUCCUGUCUCGUCUAAUCCUACCGACAUUUUCCCACGAAUCCCACUUUCUAACGCUUUCUACUCUACUCAAGCUGUCCCUUUCCCAUCAAAUUUUCAAUUCCCUGGCUCUGUUUUAAUGCAAGACCAAUCAAUCCUUAAAGCCUUAAUCAAAAACCAUGGAUCAAACAUGAGGCAGGGUUUCAAAACAGAGAGGGAGAUGGUUAGUGUUUCACAAGAAACAGGCUUAACCACUGAUAUUAACGCUGAAAUCUCUUCUGUCGUCUCGAAUCUUGAGAUGGGAAAGAGGCCAUUUGAUGAUCGAGAAGCCCCUUCUGUGGACCUUGAUUGUUUUUGGCAUUACUGAAAAACGUAUCAGCAUCACAUUUGAAGAAUGAACAAGUUACAAGCUACCUUACAAAGAUUAGGCCUGGAGUUACUAUGAUUGCCUGGAAAAGAUGGUGUGAAUCUGUGUAUAGAUUUUCUUAGGUCUGAAUGAAAACUUGAAAGAAAUUGAAGCAUAAAAAGUAUGUAUUAUAAAUUUAUAAUUAAAUAACCAUUUAAGAAAACUUCAAUUGUUCUCUUGUUA